CAGUCACACCAACGGUAAGCCUUUUUUAUGGCAAAAUCGGGGCAACAAUUAUCGCCCCUACCCGCAGAACAAACCAAAGUUCCCAGCGGGCAAGAAAAAGAGCUACCAGUGGCAGUGACUGAGACGACAACAAAUUUUCCCAAUAUUUCGCAGGUAAACGUUUUAACUGUUAAUACACUUGUAUCAUAUUUCCAAAGUAAAGUUGCUUGCUUUAAGGCAGGUAGACUCAGUCUAUUUUAUAAUGAAUGGGAGAGUAUAACCUCAGAUGAUGAGGUCAAUUUACACAUGAUAUCCGGACAGAAGCUUGAAUUUUCGAAACAACCCUAUCAGUUGUACGUUCCGCGGGAUAAAUCAAUUGUCAAUGCCUGCUGGGAUUCUGACCAAACACAUACGUGUGAGGUAGAGAUACAAAACCUGCUAGAAAAGGGUGCUAUAGUACCUUGUGAACAUGAGAAGGGAGAGUAUAUCUCACCAAUCUUUACGACCCCAAAAAAGGAUGGGUCAUCAAGAAUGAUUUUAAACCUUAAAGGUUUAAACCAAUUUAUAGAAUAUCGCCAUUUUAAAAUGGAAUCCUUCUCUUCUAUUGUAAACAUGGUAAAGCCCAACUGUUUUAUGGCUAGUAUAGACCUAAAGGAUGCCUACUACUCAGUGCCAAUAGCAGCAGAGCAUCAAAAAUAUUUAAAAUUUUUAUGGGAGGGACAACUAUAUAAAUUUGUUUGCUUCCCAAAUGGCCUGGCAUUUUGCCCCAGGAAAUUUACAAAGCUGUUAAAGCCAGUUAAUUCCCACUUGCGGCAGCUGGGGCAUAUAUCGGUCAGCCAUAUAGAUGAUUCUUAUUUACAAGGUGACGAUUAUGAUGACUGUGCCAACAAUGUUUUAGACACAACUAGGCUGCUUGAUUCUUUGGGGUUCAUUAUACACCCUGAUAAAUCAUCAUUUAUACCAAACCAAGUAGUAACCAUCCUUGGUUUUAAGAUCAACUCAACUGUAAUGAAGGUUUUCCAACUGCAGAAAAGAUAAAAAAGAUACAGGCAUCAUGCUUAGAGUUGUUACACAGUCCAUCACCCAGUAUUCGCCAGGUUGCAUCAGUGUUAGGAUUAUUAAUCUCUAAUUUUCCUGCUGCCCAAUUUGGCCCUUUGCACUUCAGAGAUCUGGAUAUGGAUAAAACUGAGGCACUCAAACAAAAUCAAGGAAAUUUUGAUAGACCUAUGAAGUUGUCCAAAACAUCAUGUGCUGAUUUACACUGGUGGAUUAAUUCAGCUGACAGUUUAUUUAAACCUAUUGCCCUCAACCAACCAGAUGCUACUUUAUUCACUGAUGCAUCCAGUCAAGGUUGGGGUGGGGUUUUAGGUGAACAAAAAAGUGGGGGUCAUUGGACUGCACUUGAAGCCAGUCACCACAUAAAUUAUUUGGAAACGCUUGCCGUUUUCUUUGCCCUUAAAGUAUUCCAAACAAAACUGUCGGGAAAACAUGUGUGUGUUAGGAUAGAUAACAUGACUGCUGUAGCAGACAUAGGUAAACUGGGUACCAGUCAUUCUCGCAAACGCAACACUUUAGUUCGCGAGAUUUGGGAUUGGUGUAUUCAGCAUGAUAUCUUUCUAACUACAGCACAUUACCAGGCCUUGAGAAUGAGGCAGCAGAUGCAGAAUCUAGAAAGCCCUUGAAAGAAACUGAAUGGGCUUUAGAUCGAGUAAUCUAUCAACAGGGUAUCCAACUGUUGAAUAUGACUCCCGUUAUUGACCUAUUUGCUUCUCGACUUAAUUAUAAAGUUAAACCUUUUAUUGCAUACCAACCAGACCCUGAAGCUCAAGCUGUUAAUGCAUUUACAAUUUGUUGGAAACCAUAUUUAUUUUAUGCCUUUCCUCCAUUUAGCAUAAUCCCUUUAGUACUACAGAAAAUUCGAGAAGAGGAGAGCACAGGGUUACUUGUUGUUCCAAAAUGGCCUGCACAGCCCUGGUGGCCAUACCUAAUGCGGAUGGUAAUUCAGGUUCCAGUAAUUCUCCCCAACAAGGAGAACACUAUAUACAUGCCCAGCAAACCAGACCUGAUCCAUCCUCUGUACCCCAAGUUAACGUUACUGAUGUGCCACAUUUCAGGGGAUCCUUUGAAAAUAAAGGACUUUCAGAGGGGGCUUUGUCUAUCAUCUUGUCCUCGUGGAGGAAAAGCACACAAAGACAGUAUAUACCAUACCUCAACAAAUGGCGUCGGUACUGUCGUUCAAGGGAACUGGAUUCCUUUCCAGCAACUGUGGAAGAAGGAGUGA